UUAUUUUUUUCGGAACGGUGGACGUGUGAGUUUGGUAAUAAUCUGAUGGAAAAUCGAAGUUUAUUCGGAAAAUCAAGCAUUUUCGGGAUCAGUGAUAUUGAAAUCGUAUUCCCACGGAUGUGUGAACUAACGGCAGAGGAUCUUUAUUGCUAUAUUCGGUAGAGGAUUAGUUAGAAGUUGACAGUAGCAUUCAUUCUGAAGAAACUGGUUUCAAACGAAAAGAUAACUGCGAAGAAAGUGGAUUACAUCAAAACGAGCCAGAGCAGCUACCACCCACUAAUGGUUUCCCACAUUGUGGUUAAAUAAAACACGUCCUGUUAGAAACCGUAGUGAGCCGACCGUGUUCCCCUUUUCUCCCACACGCAAAACUGGACAGCAGCUGAAAUCUGUCGUUGGUAGUCUGGCGACAACAACAACGGAUCACCGAGAAAAAAAUAACGAGUGAUAAAUUUGGGCAGUGAGGGGUUUGAGUUUUGCGGUGGCUGAAGCUGUGGUUGAGUGUGAUAAAUUUUAACCAGUGAAGAAUUGUCGCAGCAAAAAAAAUUAGACUCAACAGUGUAUACGAUGUUUAGCCCAGAUUAUGAGAAACGGAUUCUGAAGCACUACAGUCCGGUAGCUCGGAGCCUUUUUAACAAUAGUGGCGAAUCGUCGUCAUCGUUGGAUCGUUUCAUUCCUUGCCGGGCCAACAACAACUGGCAGACCAAUUUCGCCUCGCUUAGUACCAAAUCAAACGAAAACUCCCCACAAUCGAACAAGAAACAGCGCGAUUGCGGUGAAACGGCACGGGACAGCAUAGCCUACAGCUGUUUGCUGAAGAACGAACUGCUCGGCACCGGGAUCGAGGACGUCAAAUCCGUGGCAGAAGACAAGGUUGGACUCCUGUCGAACAGCAAUCGGCCCGGCCUGUUCAAGUAUCAGUCACCGACAAAGCAGGACUACAAUGAACAAUGCCCGUACUCGCUGUCGCCGGUUAGCAUCAAAAGUCAGAAACUGUUACGAUCGCCCCGGAAGGCCACCCGCAAAAUUUCCAAAAUCCCCUUCAAGGUGCUGGACGCUCCGGAACUUCAGGAUGAUUUUUACCUGAACCUAGUCGAUUGGUCGGCUCAGAAUGUGCUGGCGGUGGGAUUGGGUAGCUGCGUGUAUCUAUGGAGCGCUUGUACAAGUCAGGUGACCCGAUUGUGCGAUUUGAGCUCCGAUGCAAACACCGUCACCUCCGUGUCGUGGAGUGAACGGGGCCAUCAGCUUGCUGUGGGGACACACCAUGGCUACGUCACCGUGUGGGACGUGGCCGCUAGCAAACAGGUCAACAAAUUGCAAGGUCAUUCAGCCCGCGUAGGAGCACUGGCUUGGAACGGUGAUGUCCUCUCGAGCGGGUCUCGAGAUCGUCUAAUUAUGCAGCGGGAUACUCGGACCCCGGCUCAAGUAUCCGAGCGGCGGUUGGUCGGCCACAGGCAGGAGGUUUGCGGUCUCAAGUGGUCUCCCGAUAAUCAGUAUCUGGCCAGUGGAGGCAACGACAAUAGGCUCUACGUGUGGAACCAGCACUCGUCCAACCCGGUGCAAUCAUAUUCGGAGCAUAUGGCGGCGGUGAAAGCGAUCGCGUGGUCACCCCAUCAUCACGGACUGUUAGCCAGCGGAGGCGGUACGGCUGAUCGUUGUAUACGCUUCUGGAACACUCUAACGGGGCAACCGAUGCAGUGCGUGGAUACGGGAUCGCAAGUUUGUAACUUAGCCUGGUCAAAACAUUCGUCGGAGCUGGUGUCCACCCAUGGUUAUUCACAAAACCAGAUUCUGGUGUGGAAAUAUCCAUCCCUAACACAGGUAGCUAAGCUCACGGGACAUUCCUAUCGAGUGCUAUACUUGGCGCUAAGUCCCGAUGGAGAGGCGAUCGUUACCGGUGCCGGCGACGAAACCCUACGCUUUUGGAACGUAUUCAGUAAAGCACGCAGCCAGAAAGAAAAUAAAAGUGUUCUAAAUUUAUUUACAAACAUUCGAUAAGGGCAAACAUUUGAGAAUUUUGAAGCAGACUUUAUAGGAACACAACUGAGUUCCAAGCUUCCAUAAAUAGCGAUAGUAGGUCUAAGUCGACGGCAAAAUUUAACACAUAACCACCAUUUUUUCGAACCUGUUGCUUAAGAUUUUCAUCGUUAGGCAUAAAUCACCCGCGGUCAUUAAUUUAUUAUGCUAGUAGUGUAUAUUUGUACAAUUAUAAUUUUUUUUCUUUUUUAGAAGAAAUAGAAUACGAAUUCGUAGUGAAGUGUUAUAUUUUUGAAUGAAACCAUCAGUAGAUUGUAGUGUGAUUAUUGAAACAGCAAAGUGUAUUUUCUAACUGAAUGUGUGAAAAAACGAACAUUUUUGCACUUAAAUUUAUUUGUUCAUUUUUAUAUAUUUUACAAAAUUGUCCACAUUUUUAGUCUCUAUGGGAAACACGCUUGAAUACUUUUCCUGAUUUAUGCUGUAGCUACGAUCUGGAGAUAUAUUCGAUCUUGUUUUCAAAAACAAGGAAACGAACCAAUCGUUUAGAUUUUAUACUAACUUCAGAGGUCAUUAUCCGAGGUAAGAAGAAGAUUAACCAGAUACCGCCUAGAGAUUGAAUGCAAGAGUACUAUUUUUUAUUGUAUAUUUUGAAUGAUUUUUAUUAUUUUCACUCUAAGAGAGCUUUCAGCCACAUAGGUAUGAGUAUUUGAGUGAGCAAAAGUCGAAUAUUAUGAAUGUAUCUGUAAAUAAUAUAUUUUACGAGUUAUUAGGUGAUUUAUAUCUAUAAUUUUCUUUCAGCAAGAUUCAGCAUAUCUUUUACAUAAUUUUUAGAGCAUCUACUUUUCCUCUCCAAAUAUUUGUAUCUGCAUGGACUGAAUUGCUUUCAUAACGGGCGAAAUAGGUAAAAUGUAUUGAAAAAAAAAGCAUGUUUAAGUUCAUUAGGGGUAUAUCUAUUUAGGGCAAGGGCAAAGGAUGUUGGGUGUCCUUCAAAAUUUUGUUUGAUAAGCCUUGCUCAAGGUGGAGAUAAGUGAGGAUUUGAAUCAUUAAAAUAACACUUACAUAAUUCGUGGAUAACCCCUUUGCCCCAACCUUGUAACUCAUCAGCUACCAAAUCAUAAACAAAGUUGCAUGUAGGAUUAUUUUUAUUUGCAUAAAAUAGCUGCAAUUCGAGUGUACUAGCGAAAAUACUUACAACGCUUUUCGCCUAUCACCUUUAUUCUUCGAAUGGUAAAAAUCGAAUGACUCGUUCGGAAACAAGAAUACGGGUGUGUAUCACCACCUUGGGCAGAACUCGUUGGAAGCAUUUUUCGCUUCAAUAGAUUACUUAUAUUAUCGUACUGUCAAUCGAUUAUUACUUGGAAAUAUUCGUCCUAAUUGUGCUUCCUCAAGAAGCUAAUUUUGUAGAAUUUUCAAGUAACAAUCGUUUAUUGUUGUUGAUUAUAUUUUAACUUGUAAAUAGUAGACAUGCUAAGCCCUUUAUGACUGCGCACUUAGGAUUUUGUGACUUUUGUGUAAUAUAUAUUUAACUUUUCAGAGCAUAACAUAUUGCAACCAAACAUGCGUUUAUAAAGAAAGUACUAGAUAUUCUGUAACAUACUGCAUCAUAAUGCCCAGAAAACAACUGCGUUUUCAUAUAACAGGCUAAAUAAAUCGAACUGUUAAAAUGUC